GUGGUCGUUCCCAACGGUUGUUAUCGCGGUUUGCAUUCCAGACCGCAGUAUGAAUUGCUAGUGUGGCUGCGUUCGACGCAAUAAGGGCGUUUCCGAGAAUUUAAAUGGACAAUGAAUCGAAGAAACCAAACCAUCUGAAGCAAUAUGUUGCCGCAUUCAUCGCGAGCCUUGGAGGGUUUGCGACCGGAACAAUGCUAGGUUGGAGUGCGCCGGUCGAAUCAAGAUUGCUGGCGCAAGAGGAAGUCGCGCUCACCAGCAGUCAGUUUGCCUGGGCUGUCUCGUUUCUGAAUUUAGGUGGAGCAUUAAUGAGCAUUCCGGUUGGAUUGGCUGUGAAACCUUUCGGUGCCCGAAACACGCUACUACUGUUUACCAUUCCCGCACUCAUCGGUUGGAUUUUAAUCAUCUGGUUCCAGAAUGUCGGAAUGCUGCUCACUGGUCGAUUGUUCAUUGGAUUCGGCGCGGCAAGUUUCAGCAUGACCGUACCAAUAUACAUCGGUGAAAUUGCAUCGAAAGAGAUCCGAGGCACGGUUGGAUCAUUUUUCCAGCAGAUGGUUAAUCUGGGCAUACUUUACGCAUUUAGUCUCGGAAUGGCCCUCAGCGUGUUCCAGCUUAGCAUGCUUUGCGGAAUGGUACUUAUAGUAUACGGGGUAUUAUUUUUCUUCAUGCCAAACACGCCAACACAUUUGGUUUUACAAAAUAAUGAACCAGAAGCUAUGGCUACAAUCAAGUGGCUUCGCGGAUCCCACGUCGAUGCGAUGGGUGAAAUCGGAGAUAUAUACAGUGAGCAAUUGUUGAUGCACUCUGUGGACGCCGAUUCGGAGUGUAGAGGCUCCGUGUGGAAUUCACUGCGUAAACCAGCGAGUAUUCGAGCGCUAAUCAUCACGCAGGGCCUAAUGUUUUUCAUGAUGUCAUGCGGUAUUAAUCCAAUCCUGUUCUACGCCACAUCCAUAUUUCAGGCAGCGAAUGUCGCUAUUGAGCCGGAGGUGGCCACCAUCAUUCUCGGUGGAAUGCAAAUUUUGGGGACACUGUUCGCUUCCCUAGUGUUGGACCGUGUCGGUCGACGGGUAUUACUGCUGGCAUCGGGCGUUGUCAUGUUCGCCAGUGUUCUCACACUUGGUAUCUAUCUGAUGCUGCUCGCCAGGGAUCCCGACCAAGUGGCAGCGCUCGGGUGGCUUCCCAUUUUGGCCCUCAGCUUGUACGUAACACUGUUUUCCGUUGGCUUCGGACCGAUACCCUUCAUGAUGCUUGGAGAAAUAUUCGCCACCAACGUGAAAGGGCCAGCCAGUGCACUGGCGAACAUCAACAGCAACAUAUUUUCGUUCACUGUAUCCCAACUGUUUCCACUGGCGAGGGAGGCCAUCGGUAGUGGGCUGACGUUUGUCAUUUUUGCUGUUUUCUGCUUCCUGGCGGUGGUUUUUGUGUUCAUAUUCGUGCCGGAAACGAAAGGUAUGUCACUGAACGAAAUACAGGUUAUGUUGACUAGAAGCAGGGGGUUCAUUGUUGGUAGAAUUAAUAAAUAG